AUGAACAUUGAGCAAUUGCAAAAAACAUUACAUGCAAGUCAGUAUGCAGAACAAGUAUUAAGUCUACAUCAAGCCACUUUAGAACAUGAUUAUGCAAUUGAUCAAUUUCAACAAUCGCUCAGUACAGCUCAAAUUCAACAACUUGUUUACGAUCAUUUAGUUAAUAUUCAAGAUGAAAAUACGUGGAUGAAAGUCUUACGUAUUCUUCGUGCACGCUUAAUGUUUCGUUGGAUUUGGCAAGAUGCCAACCAACUGACCAAUGUGGUGAAGUUGACACGAGAACUGUCUGAUUUUGCAGAUGCCUGUAUCGUUGCAGCAAAAGAUUUUGCCCGAAUUUCUUUGCUGGCAAAACAUGGCGAACCAAUGGGUUAUAACGGAAAGCUUCAAGAUUUGAUCGUCAUUGGGAUGGGCAAGCUUGGGGCACAAGAGCUGAACUUAUCUAGUGAUAUUGACCUGAUUUUUGCCUUUGAUGAACAGGGUGAAAGCAAUGGUCGUAAGUGUAUUGAUGUACAGCAAUUUUGCAUCUUGUGGGGGCAAAAACUGAUCUAUUUAUUGGAUCAUAUUACUGCAGAUGGUUUUGUAUUCCGUGUGGAUAUGCGUUUACGUCCUUGGGGGGAUGGUUCAGCACUGGCAAUAAGUCAUGUGGCUUUAGAAAAAUAUUUAAGUCAGCAUGGGCGUGAGUGGGAACGUUAUGCAUGGAUUAAGGCACGUAUUAUCACGGGUGGACAAGACGGUGAUAGUUUAUUGGACAUGACCCGCCCAUUCGUUUUUCGUAAAUAUGUAGAUUACACCGCUUUUGAAGCCAUGCGUGAAAUGAAAGCCAUGAUUGAACGAGAGGUGGCUCGGCGUAACAUUGCAGAUGAUAUUAAGCUGGGCGCUGGUGGUAUUCGUGAAGUUUUUCAGCUGAUUUAUGGCGGAGCAAAAUUAGAGUUACAAGACCGCCAAUGCCUUGUUAGCCUAAAACAUUUGGGUGAGGCAGGCUUACUCGAUCAUCAAUCCGUUGAGGAUCUUGAAGAUGCCUAUCUAUUCUUACGACGUGUAGAGCAUGCUAUUCAAGCUUUGAAUGACCAGCAAACACAAUCUUUACCAACCGAGCCUGAACUUCAAUUUUGGCCACAUUUGGUUGAAGCAGUUUUACAGUCGAAUAGUCCGCAAGUGGCUUUAAUGCGAUUGAUGCCGUUGGUCGAAUCUGUAAUGCGCCGUACUGUGUAUUUGGUGAUGCUGAUUGAAAGCAAAGGGGCGCUGCAACGUUUGGUCAAAAUGGCGACAGUCAGUCCAUGGAUUUGUGAGGAAUUGACACAUUAUCCAGUUCUGCUGGAUGAGUUUUUAUCCAUGGAUUUUGAACUGCCUCGACGAGAUUAUUUGGAAGAUUCACUACGCCAGCAAUUACUGCGUAUUGAAAUCGAUCAAGUUGAAGAUCAAAUGCGAGUAUUGCGCUUAUUUAAAAAAUCCAAUGUGCUUACCGUUGCUGCAAGCGAUGUACUAGCAGAAAGCCCGUUGAUGAAAGUUUCGGAUGCUUUAACGGAUAUUGCAGAAGUUUCUGUGAUUGCAACAUUAAAUUUAGCUUAUCAGACGGUUGCCAAGCGUCAUGGUUAUCCUGUCGAUGCAGAAGGCCUACGUUGUUCAUUAGACCACAUGGCCUAUGCUGUGAUUGGUUAUGGCAAAGUAGGCGGCAUUGAGCUGGGCUAUGGUUCAGACCUCGAUCUGGUUUUUAUUCAUUAUAUGGAUGAACAAGCAGAUACUGAUGGUCAAAAGGCCAUUAGUGGCUUUGAAUUUGCCAUGCGUGUUGCGCAAAAAUUUAUGUCUCUGAUGACCACACAAACUUUAGAUGGUCGAGUCUAUGAAAUUGAUACCCGUUUGCGCCCAUCUGGUGAAGCAGGCUUAUUGGUCACCAGUUUAAAAGCAUUUGAACAGUACCAACUCAAAAGUGCCUGGUUGUGGGAACAUCAAGCAAUUGUUCGCGCACGCUCAAUCGCAGGUGAGCAAAGCCUAAGAGCAAAAUUUGAAGAAUUGCGUUGCAGGGUUCUCACAUUACCGAGAGAAGAGGGUACAGUUCGCAAAGAAGUCUUGAACAUGCGUCAGAAAAUGAAAGAUCAUUUGGGUUCCUCAAAAGAUCAGAAAAAAGAUGGAAUUUUUCAUCUAAAACAGGAUGCAGGUGGUAUCGUUGACAUCGAAUUUAUGGCACAGUAUGUCGUAUUAGCCUGGAGUGGGACGAAUCCUGAUCUCGCCCAUUAUUCCGACAACGUACGAAUCCUUGAAGAUGCCGCAAAGGCAGGUUGCUUAUCCAGCGACGAUGUAUCCGCAUUGAUUCAAGCUUAUCUCAGUGAACGCGCCGAGAGCCACCGUUUGGCACUUGCAAAUCAUAAUAUGCAAGUGAGUGCUGCGGAUUGGCACGAUACCCGAGAGGUCGUUUGCAAGUUAUGGCAAAGAUUAAUUGAUCCAACAGCGAGUUUCGCUUUGGAAAGUGAAUAA